AAUAGUCGCAGUAGCGCCCCCUAUGUGUCCGAUCAGUGAACCAUAAUGGCGUCAAUGGCGGCACUCUUUCGCUAGGCAGGGUGAUGAGACCAUGAUGCUUCUCCCGGCACGGUGAGGCUCCCAAGGCCUCGUGGGAUAUCGUGCUGCCCUGCCAUGACCACUAAAGUGGUGGACUUCCUCAACGAAUCGGGUGGCAGCAACUUCACGGAGACAGCCCCGCGGCCCCCAGUCUACGGCGAGGAGAACGAGCUUCAGUCCAAUGGGGGCAACUCCACCCGCAGUGGCAGCUCACACAAGAGCCAUGUCUCCAGCAAAUCCCACUCGUCUUCCAAAAGUGGGACCUCCACCAAGGGGGACCACUCGCACUCGCCCGCCAUGACGCCCCGGAAGUCCAACCUGGAAGGCAUCAAGUCGUCGGACACCGUGACCGGCCAAUCACAGUCGAGCCUCUGCGAGUACGAGGAGAAUGAGAUGAGUGCGCCUCUGGGGUUCCACCCGGAAGGCAGCGCCGCCAACUCACCUCCGUACUCGGAGAACGGAACCCCUCCGCAUCUGAAGUGGGCACAGAAUCUGAAAUAUCUCCUUGACGAUUCGGAAGGUGUAGAGCUGUUCAAGGAGUUCAUGGAGCGUGAGCUGGAAGGUGGUUCCGAGGAGCUUCAGUUCUGGUUUGCGUGCCAAGGUUUGAAGCGGAAAAUCGACUCGGAUUCGUUGGAUAACACGGAUAGUACCAUAACGAACAUACAGAAAGCUAUCUACAAGCGGUAUGUGCGAAGUGAUAAAGUGAAAUGCAUAUCAAGGGAUGUGAAGAAGGAUAUAGCGGAUAAAGUGUCUAGCAAAAGCAGUUUAGACCACUGCAUUUUCGAUGCGGCGCAGGAAGAGGUGGAGACGUUCAUGCGGGAUGUGACGUACCCAGCCUUCUUGCGCUCGGAUUAUUACGUGCAAUAUGUUCAGAAUUACGGUGAUAGUCCUAAAUCAAGCCAGUCAAGUGGUUCCAAUAGUGCCCGGCCUGUGUCCCAGUCGGGCCUGCUGCCCGUGGUCCACGAGGACAAAGAGCUGGAGACCAGAGACAUUAGUGGACACAUGCCUUUGCCUGUGAUCAAUAAGGCGCCGUCUUCGGUGAAAAGAACGGAUACGGCUGUGGUGUCUGCCAGACGGACAGAAACGGUCACAGGGUCGAUGCUGUACUGCCCGCGGGCCCCGCCUUCCUACCCGGCGCACGUGUCGUACGCUCCAGUGUCGGCCCAGGACAGUGAGAUACAGAGUCUGUCCAGUGACGCGCUCACGGACGACACCAUAUCGGUGACGGACAGCAGCCU